AUGGCCCUGGCUGCUGAAUGGAGCAGUUACUCCAUGCACCGGAAAGGUCUACGCGUCUCAACCUUCCUCCGCGGUCACCAACGAAAUACUUAUUUUCUAUCCCUUCCAUACCGCUACGCUUUUCCGCUCAUUGCAUGCUCCGGCCUCCUCCACUGGCUCAUAUCACAGAGCCUUUAUGUCGUUGCCAUCCGGGAUUCAGCGACAUGUGAUUAUUCGCCCAUUGGAAUCAUCAGCAGUGUAUCAGUGGGUGUCUUUAUGCUGACCUGUCUUAUCGGGAUGGGUUGUCGACGGUUCAAAUCGGGAAUGCCGGUUGCUGGAAGUUGCAGUCUGGCUAUUGCUGCUGCAUGCCAUUCCUCGUAUGUGGAAAAGGACGAUGACAUUAGCGAUGGGGAUGACGAUUCAGAGAAGCUAGGAGCAGAGUAUCAACCGUUGAAGUGGGGAGUUGAAACUCUUAUCCCGGGAGAGAUUGAGGCUGAGAUUGGGCAUUGCACGUUUUCUAGUGGGGAGGUAGAAAUGCCGCAGAAUGGGACAGUCUAUCUAUGA